AUUUAAUUGAUAAAAUAAAUAUAAAUUUAAUUGAAAAAAAUAACCUGGACUUAAAUAAAAUAAAAACACGGAUUGAAAUAAAAUGAAAUGAAAUGAAAAAAAGCGAUAAAGAGAUAAAAAUAAAUGUUGGAACAGUAGUAAUAUCAGAAGCUUUGUAAGUCAUUUAAAAUUGACCCAUUAAAGAGAGGAAAUAAAAAAUGAAAAAAUAAAUUUUAUAUAAAUUCAUGUUAUCUCUGUAAUAAGAAAAAUGUAUCUAAAAAAGUAGCAAUAGAUCGAGGGCAAGGGAGGCAGAGAACAGUAUAAAGAAUCUCAUUCAAUAAGUAAAGUUUUUUUGUAUUCUAUUGACUGGAGACUUUAACAAAAAUAAUAAUAAAAAAUAAAAUAAAGUUGAAGAAGUGAAAGAAAUAAAUGAGAGUACAAAAAGUUUCGUUGCCCCAAGCGCUUUGGAGAAGGAAAUUCAAGUUACCAAGUAUUUCGCAUGCCGAUGCUUACCACCGAGCUUUACUCUUAUUACUCUUUUCCUAUUGUAUUUUUAUUCCUUUCCUACGCCCUUUUUACAUUCUUCUCAUUUUACUUCCUGUCUUAGCCUCGUGAUUUUUUCAUUCCUCGUACUUCACGCUCGACAAAUUGACACAAAGUAUUAUUACAACUAUUAUAGAGACAGAUAAGAAAAGGAAAGGAUAAAAAAAAAACAAUAUCAAGAAAAACAUUGUGUAGAAUCAUGAUAGAAAAUGCGCAGAAUCAUUUGACCUUUUGAAGGAACGUGGGCUCAAAUUAAUAAGUUACCAUAGACAUCCAACUCUGAAGCUCUUCUCAGUGGAGUAGCUGCUGCAUAAGUAUAAGUAUACAUAGUUAGUGUAUGUACCAGAAGAGCAACAUUAGAUGAGAAGAGAUUCAGACGGUUUCCGAUAAGUGAAUGAGGGAGUACGAAAGAGACUGUCGAAAGUUUGUACAGGAAGGAAAUUUUAUUACUGUCAACUAAUUUACUCGAAUACUCGCAAACUUUUGUCUUUAUAGUAUACAUAUAUAUAUGUGCACUUGUUUCUCACUGAGUGUGACACACGAGUGAUAAUAUUAAUCGAAAUAAAUAUAUACUCUUAGUUGUUUUUUCCUCAUUCAAUUUUGUUAUCAGCCUCGCGAUUAUUUGAAACAAGAUCCACGUGGAAGCAAAUAAUAACCAACAUGACAAUUGGCUCGUUAGUUAUUGAGACAAACUUCUCUCAGUCAUCACAAACCCAACUCAUCAACUCGUAGCUAUACUACUUGCUAUCAAGACACUGCGUUGAAUGCGAAACCCAAGGAACUAUAUAUUCACUUUGUGCUACCUUCUGAAUAACACUCGCUCGUACAGUGGCUAUAUAUUUGCUGGUUGCUAGUAGUUACUAUUCAUCUCUAUAGAUCUGUAUAUUUAAAAUGAUAAAGGGGAUGGAAGUUUGUUCAAACUCAGAUAUUGCUGAUCGAGAUAACUUAUUACCCGUCUAUCAGCUCUCGCCUUAUAAACCGUGAGAGGAAUCUGGAGGUGAUAAAGUGAUAAGUUACAGUUCCAAGAAAUUACAGAAAAUGGAAAGCCAUUGGAGCAACGACGAUACACAUGGGGCGUCAGUUAUUAAAUUAUUAUUUUAAUAUAAACGAAAAAGUGUAAGAUGAUAUUUGCGUAUUAGUGAUAAUAUUGUUGUGAUGAUAUUUAUAAAACGAUGUUGAAUCACAUGCACUUCCAAAGAGUAUCUUAAAUAAAAAAUAAAGAUUUCUUUUAUUUUUUUUGUAUUUAAAUAAAUAAGUAGUCACGGGAUCAGCGUCAGCCAAUUAAGCAAUCUCAUUCGUUGCAGAGAAAGUGCCAGAAAAAAUAACAAUAAUAAAAAUAAUAAAUAAAAUUAGAGUAUAUAAAAACGUAAAUAAAAAUGCCGAGUAUUUAAAUCACCAAAAAUAGCCAGGGAAAAAUUUAAAACGUUUAUAUACCACACGUGAGUGACAAUGUGUAAUGGCAAGCGCGUUAAGAGAGUGAAUAGGAGGCUUGGAAUGCCGGUGAGACACCACCGACGAUAUCGAAAGUACCGGAAGAUCCUCUGAUUUAUUUGUUCUCUUGCAUAUAUAUAUAUAUAUAUAAUAAAUCCAUCUUGAAGUUAUAAUUGUAAUUAUUAUUAUUAUUACUACUGCUAACACAUCAAAAGAAACGUGAUUUUUAAUAAUUUACAAGUUAGAUUACUUUGUGAUAUUUAAAAAGAAAAGUAAAUAAGAAGAAAAAAAUAUAAAUUAAUAAUUAACCUGACGCUCAAGCGAAUAAUUAAAUAAUAAUUAUAAUUACCGUACCUACCAAAGGCUGAUUAAUCUACGUAUAUAUUUACCUCGUUUUUACUCAAAAAAUACUUAUUUAAUAAUAAUUAUAAUAAAAAUAUUAAUAAUAAUGAUAAAGAGAUUAAUAAACGUUAGAAUCAAGAGAUGAUUUAGUGGUUAUUAAGUCAGUCGACCGAAUUAAAAUAAUAAAUACUAAAAGUGCAGUGUGCAAGUGAAAAAAAACAGUACACAAAUCUAUGUACGUAUGUAUAGAAAUGUGUAAAUAAAUGUGUAACAGAGCUUCAGAUGUAAAAUGAAAGGAAGAUGGGAGAGAGGACACGGUCCAAGCCGUCGGUGUUCGUCGGUCGUCGGCGUGCGGGCAAACGGACACUGCGAGGUCCGACGAUAAGCGUCGUCGUUAACGAUGCGGGAUCUAAACGCAUACAACUGCAACAAAUUGUACGAGGACGUCGAGUGGUCAGGACCGGGUAUCGUUGGUACCCUCGUCGUCCUCGCAUUUGUCGACAUAAUGGUAAUUCUUGGCAAUGUACUUGUCAUACUCGCCGUUUACCACACUACUAAGCUCCGUAACGUCACCAACAUGUUCAUCGUUAGUCUCGCGGUUGCUGAUCUCUUGGUCGGGGUUGCUGUGCUUCCCUUCAGUGCAACCUGGGAGGUCUUCAAGGUCUGGAUAUUUGGAGACUUGUGGUGCUCGGUGUGGCUGGCAGUGGAUGUGUGGAUGUGCACGGCGUCAAUAUUGAAUCUAUGUGCGAUAAGUCUCGACAGGUACUUGGCUGUUACCAGGCCAGUUAGUUAUCCCCAGAUAAUGUCACCAAAGAGAGCAAAGCUGCUGGUCGCAGCUGUGUGGGUGCUGAGUUUCGUCAUCUGUUUUCCACCUCUUGUCGGAUGGAAAGAUCAAAGGUCAAACCCUCAACGAAAUGACGUAUCGACACUGGAUGACAGUGGGCCGUACAAUAAAACACGAAUUAUUUUACAACCAAAGCCGUGUCCGUGGAUAUGUGAGCUUACCAAUGACGCGGGUUACGUUGUCUACAGUGCAUUAGGUUCAUUCUACAUACCGACACUAGUCAUGUUAUUUUUCUAUUGGAGAAUAUACAACGCGGCUGUAUCAACGACUAAAGCCAUCAACCAGGGAUUCCGUACCACCAAAGGUUCAAAAAUGCUAGGAUCAAGAUUUAAUGAACAACGACUGACACUAAGGAUACACCGCGGACGUGGUAGUGUUUAUAACGGCGGUGCUAAUAACAGUAACACGAGUCCUAAAAGUCCUGAAUCAAAUCGUAGUGCGUCAGUACGUAAAGACAAAAUAAAAAUAUCUGUUUCUUAUCCUAGUACUGAAACUCUUAAUACAAAGUGUAAUACUCUUGAACGUACGCCGUCAAAGUGUUCGCAAAUUUCUGUUCACUAUAACAGUAAUGGACAGACGCAGAGUCAUCUUUGUCCAUCUGCGAGGAAUACGCAUCUGAAGGUUGGUGGUAUAAAUCGAGUAGGAAGCUCUAGAAGACCAAGUCGUAGAAGCAGUUGUGAGAGCCAAGUAACCGGAGACGAAGUUUCAUUACGUGAAUUAACUCCUGGCAGUGAAGAGAAGCCAAGGGUGAUGAGGAUGGGCAAGAGGAACAUUAAAGCUCAGGUAAAGAGAUUUCGUAUGGAGACUAAAGCCGCUAAAACAUUGGGUAUAAUUGUUGGUGGUUUUAUACUUUGCUGGCUGCCAUUCUUCACGAUGUACUUGGUACGUGCAUUUUGCCCGAAUUGUAUUCAUCCGACAGUAUUCAGCGUUCUAUUCUGGCUUGGAUACUGCAAUUCAGCGAUAAAUCCAUGUAUCUACGCUCUCUUCAGUAAAGACUUUAGAUUCGCAUUCAAGCGGAUUAUAUGCAAUUGCUUCUGCAAACGAAAGAAAAAUUCAUUGCGACGUGGGAGCGACGGCAGCCAAUUGGCAACGAGGAACGACAGAAGUCCAAACUAUUCUAUCAGAGUACCGCAGCAUGGUGUGUCAAUCGAAGAUUCAGAUCCCGAACACAACGUCCACUCGGGAAGUGACUCGAGAUGACUUUAGCGCACACGCAGCACCCAGCGCGUCGUCUUCAAUACUCGAUAGAUCCGCAAAUCAAUCAGCCACAUGACGGUUUAUUUCCACAUAUCAUCAACAACGAAUUAUCCAAAUGUCGAUAAUUGUUACGAUUGUGAUGAUAGUACAUAUAAAUAUAUAUAAUCUUCAUAUAUUAUUGUAUCCCGAGAAAAUUGUGCAACCAAUCAAGUCAUCAGCAUCGCCGCCUACGUCACCAAUCUAAUCAUAAUCACCUCCUUCAUAUUAACUCGGCUGUUGUCUCUUCGUUCCGUAUUCUCAUGUUAAACUUUUGUGCGACGUUAAUUUAAUUAAUUAAUUAAUUAAAUAAAUUAAUUAAUGGAGUCGAUUAUCGGCGCUGGCGAGUAUCAAACAAAUCAGAGACGAGUGCAACAUCUCUAGUCACACAAUUUCCACUCUCCCAUGCUCACGAUUAUCGAAUCGGUGCCGCGGUGUCGUACUGAUGUGUCACAAAAUGACUAAUAACAAUUAAUAAUAGUUAAUUAAUUAAAUAAAUAAGUUAAAUAUAAUUAUGAUGAAGGGUGAUAUCAAAAAGUAUUGAUGUGUAUUCAAACAAUAAUGUAAUUACACGUGUAUAUAAUAAUAAUAUUGAUAUAAAUAUAAAUAAAAUUCAGUGUUUUAAAAUAUUAUUAAAGACAACUGCGUGUAUUUAAAAAAAAAAAAAUAAUAAUAAUAAUUCAUGUGAACGAACGAGGAAGCAAAACAAAAUGUAUAAAAUAAUAAUAUUUAAAAUACGUGAAUCUCAUAUAUACUCAGCUCGUGUACAAUAAUUAAAUGAUAAAUGAUAAUAUUGGGUAUAAGUAUUUAAAUCGAAGUGAUGAUUAUGAUAUAUUGUGUAAGUGAGAAUAAAGUAAUAACGAUUCUGUUGAGACUAAUUUGGCUCUUAAUACCACCACCACUAAACUAACAACAUAUUAUAAAAUUCUAAUUAGAUUAAGCAACAGUAAUUUGCAUAUCCCACUGAAUUUCCCUCUCAUAAUUAUCCAUUUUGCAUACAAGAUAAUAAUAUUAUUAAUAAUGAUAAUAAUAAUUAUAAUUAAAGGUAAAAAUUCGAGGAUCGAAAUAUACAUACACAGAUAUAAUUGUGUCAAGUUUAAUGAUUUAUUUAAAUCGCAUAUAACGUAUGUGUAAUACAGAGAUAGUAAAUGUGAAUGCCAGUCAAGUGUAUAUACGCUCAAACGGGAGAUUAUCUCUAUUGAACCCACUCAAAAAGCAUUCAAUCUUGAAAU